GGUAUUGCGCGGGUAAGUUUGCUAGCUAGCCUGCUUAGUAAGGUUGGCUUCUUAGCAUUCAUUGCCAUGGUUAUCAAUUGUACCGCUGAAAUGGAACAUAAAUCACAGAAAAUAAAGUGGUGACAGCUGCAUAGAAGUACUUGGAGGUACGAUAUUUGACAAGAGUUAAAGGGUGUAUAGGGAGAUGGUGUCCCGUCCCCCCAGGCCGUUUGCAUGGUGCACUGUACGACCCGAUGGGAUCAUGUAGUGGAAUGGUAGUGGGUUUUUAAUGAGUGUAGGUGGCAGCUGCAGAGAAGUACCUGGGUGUACGAGAUAUUACUGCAGAAGAGGUAAUGGGGUGGUGAUUUUAAUGAAAUAGUGGUAUAUACUGUAGGUGUAGGGCUAGUUGUUGGAUUUAUUCAUUUUAGGAACAGGAAUAAUGAGAAUUUAAUGUAGGUAGGAAAUGAUUGGCCUCACUUUAGUACAGUGGGUGGCGGUGUAUAUGCAUUUAAAUUGGAUGCAAUCCGCCAAUCCCGAAGGAGAAUCAAAUCAAAUGUUUUUAUAUAGCCCUUCUUACAUCAGCUGAUCUUUCAAAGUGUUGUACAGAAACCCAGCCUAAAACCCCAAACAGCAAGCAGUGUAGAAGCUAUCUGGCUUGUGCUUGUAGUCAAAUAAUAACAAAGAUGUUCAACGAAAGCGUUUUUCGUGCGCGUGUAGCGUCCGUAAUGGAAACUUUAACAGCAACAGCCGUGCGAGCAGUGUGUCAAAUAAUGGAAGAAAGCUACGCUGCUCUUCGUGUGGAAAUGGAGUGUAGCCGUGACCCGAACCGGAAGCCCCUGACGAAGGAGACUGGCACAGGGAUGGAUAAUGAGAAGGAGACUGUACAAGCAUUGAACCCUUGCAGUUCUUCUGAUCGUAUACAAAUGGCAGGUUUGAGAAAGACCACUGUUGAGGAACUGCAGGAUGAAGAAGAGGCCAGCGGUGCUGAUACGGAAGAUGAUCCCACAGGUCAUGAUGAUUACACUCCACUGUUACCGAUGACAUCGCAAGGACCAUCACAGCCUGUUAAACCAAAGACCACUUCCUCUCUGGUUAAGCUUACGGAAGAUGAGGUGCACCAUUCGAUUGUUCCUGUCAAUUCUCUGCUAUCACUCACAAGAUGCACAACCUGCUGCAAACUGUUCCACUGUCCACUUUGUCUCAGCUUUAAACCAACCAAACGCUCAAGAUUACAGCGCCAUGUUGAUGUGCACCUGAAAAAUGCAGUGUCUUUCAAAGAUAAAAAGAUUUGUAAAUGCAAUUUGGACUGUAGGACAGAUGGCCAUUAUCACUGCCCCCAGUGUGAGAGAACUAUCAUCAGGAGGGAUGCCAUGACAAGUCAUCUGCUGUUGUGUCAAGGGGCUUCAGCUCCUGUUUCAUCAUCUGCACUGCCCUCUACGCAGGCUGCACCGUCCACACCUUUGGUACUGCCCACUCCUGCUGUAAACCAGCGUAUUGAAAUCACCGCCCAUAACCAACUGCCUCAAAGUCCAGCCUAUAGGACUCUGACGACUGUGUGUGAUCACUGUGGUUUUGUGCUCCUGAGAAAGAACUUGAAGCAGCACCUGCUGAGGAAACACCCGGAGAUAGCCACUCCAUUGGAGGGAGCAGAAUCAGAUCCUGUGUCUGUGGUACAACAACACGGCACUAUGAAACAUGCUGAAGGGACCAGGCGGAGACUGACCGCCACCUGCACCAUAUGUGGGCGUACGGUGACCAUGAAGAACAUGCGAGCACACAUGAACAGAAAACACCCUGAUUCCUAGUAGAUGCCUGAUUUGCAAACAGAGGCAUCAUAGCCUGAUCCCAGAUCUAUUUGUGCUUUUGCCUUUUGUCAUUGUCGAGCAAAAAGGUUUGGCCAUGACAGAGUGGAAAGUUAGUUAAAGAGGUUCUGGAUUUCAGGCUAUAGGUUUCAUGCAUCAACUACUUCAUUGAUGGCUGAAUUCUAUUAUCAUUUUUUUUUUUUUAUAACAAAUCUUGUAAAUUCAUGUUGCAAUUUUCUCCAUUUGUAUGGUAAAAAAAUAUACAUUUGUUAAUCUGACCCCUCAGUUUCAUUGGGUUACGGUUAUGACCUGGCUGCCAGUUCCAUUUCCAAGGCCUGAGUGCUGGUCUUGCAAAAAAUUGGGAGGAAAACUGUAGACAUUUUGUUAUUUUGAACAUUUCCUGCAGUCUCUAUAACUUGUUAAAGUUGACUAUUGUACAAAGUAUGUUGAAAAGCUGGGGAAUCAUGCUCCACUCACACCAAACAAUGGUUGUUCAAAUCUAGGCUAUUAUAAUCAAGUUAUAUAGCUUAGUAUGUUAUAACUGUAGAAAGGUAGCAGCUCAUAAGAUCAAGAGGAUGAGAAUGUUUGAAAGUUUGUUCAGGCAGUUUGUCUUGUUGAUUUUGUUUAGUGGGAGAGAAAAAAACGCCACUUAUGCUUUUGGGAAAUUUCGUAUUAAUAUUUUUGAGUAUCAAAUAAAUUCUCAACAAAAGAUGUAAGAAGCUGCUAGAAUCAAGGGCGUAUCUAAACUUGUAUUUACGGUAUUUCGGCCCGCCCAACCUCGUCAGCUGUCCGGAACUAAUCAAAAGAAAACUUCCGGAGGAGGUGAAGAGGUGUGAAAAGGUGAAGCCACCAUCUGAUAACAAAGAAGUUGUUCACUGUAGCCUUCUCUUCUCACAUCACAGUAGGAACAAAGUAGAUUGUUUGUUGUAGUCUACUUGGUAACUAUGUCUCACGAACUCGCUUUUCGUUGUCGUGUCACCUCCAUUAUGGAAGCUUUGACAGCAACAGUCGUGCAAGAAAUCUGUCAAUUUAUGGGAGAAAGCUAUGCUGCUCUUCGAGUGGAAAUGUUGCAUGAACAAAAUAAAAAAAGAGACAAGGAUGGAGAAGCCAGCGAACUGCCUUAAGAACGUUUCAAAACCUGUUAGCCCACCAAGUUUGGGAAACUUUCCAAUCGUGGGGCAAAUCCUCAAUAAACAAGAGGCCAACUAUCAUUGGCUAGAAGACGGUGCUGUUUUUGAAGGCCUAGCAUCACCGGUGCCAGAGACGGAGAGACGAGAGCCAUCACAGCCCGCUGGUCAGAUUACAGACACGGUACCAUGGCCAGUAUGGCUCAUCAAACAGGAGGAAAUGGCUGAUGAUGAUCUGGAAUCGGAAGGUUACGGCGAGUGGAUUCCAGAGACUCCCAAGGCCAACCAGAAUAUCACAGGAGAAAGUGAUGAGGACGAGAGAAGUCCAGCCUCUGGGGGAUCCAAAGAACCUGGACUCGACGACUUCAAGAGAGAACAGAGUCCGUUGCUGGUGUCAGCUGAGGAUACUGCGACACCCAUAAAGACAAAGUAUGAAACGCGCAUGUUAAAACACACUGGGAAGCCACGUUUUCGCUGCGAUAUCUGCGGUGAGAAAUUCCAGCGUCAGAGCGGCUUGACCAGGCACCAGCGGCACAAACACAACACCGUGAAAACCUACAGUUGCACUGUGUGUGGGAAAGGGUUCACCUACAUCAAAUCCCUCAACACGCAUGAGCUCAUGCACUCUGACCUCUCUAUCCGUUCAACUAUAACUCUGGAUGAAGCCAAGGCAAGAAAAAGAGGUCUGACUGAUGAACCCACAGACAGAAAUGCAGCAGGAGAUAUGAUUAGUGCCAUCCUUCACUCAAAGCCAGGUGGAGAAAAGGUAUUCCGGGAGUAUGGGAAAACCAAAGGUCUUACGGAUAGCACACGGAGACUGAUGGUCAACAUUAUUGUGGCCGACAUGAUGGAAAACCAUGGUAGGAUCCCCCCAUCAAGUGUCCGCACCAACUACGCCCUGGGGAUUGUGACUUUAUUCCCCUACUUGAAUGAUCCAGAUUCAGAGCAUGGUUAUGAACAAUAUUACGACGCAGCUAGUGGGUCUGGUUAUCUGACCUGGAGAAUAAAGACAGUGGGGCGCAACAAAUCAUGUAAGAUCAAGAGGAGAACCAAGUCCACCUAUCAAAAUGGUCCCAAGGCUCAACACAGUUCCCCUUCAGCUGUUGAGGAACUGUUAGGUGAUGAAUGCAAAGGCACAGCUAAGUUCCUCCUGCACGACGAGCAAGUGUCCAUGUCUGAGGUCUCUAUCUGCUCAGUUGGGUCUGAUUCCUCUGGAUCAGCUUUAACUCUGGAGAAAACGAAGGCAAGAAAAAGACGUCUGACUGAUGAACCUACAGACAGAAAUGCAGCCAGAGAUAUGAUUAGUGCCGUCCUUCACUCAAAGCCAGGUGGCGAAAAGGUAUUCCAGGAGUAUAGGAAAACCAAAGGUCUUACAGAUAGCACACGGAGGCUGAUGGUGAACAUUAUUGUGGCCGACAUGAUGGAAAGUCAUGGGAGGAUCCCCCCAUCAAGUGUCCGCACCAACUACGCCCUGGGGAUUGUGACUUUAUUCCCCUACUUGAAUGAUCCAGAUUCAGAGCAUGGUUAUGAAAAAUAUUACGAUGCAGCUAGUGGGUCUGGUUACCUGACCUGGAGAAUAAAGACAGUGGGGCGCAACACGUCAUGUAAGACCAAGAAGAGAACCAAGCCCACCUAUCAAAAUGGUCCCAUGGCUCAGCGAAGUUGCCCUUCAGCUGUUGAGCAACUGUCGAGGGAUGAAUGCAGAGAGGCGAUAUCUGUGCUUCAGCAUACAACAACUAAUGAGUCACUGGUUCGAGAGAAGAUGAUGGCGACGUUCCAAUACAGACAGGAGGUGGUUCAUGAUCCGGAGAAGUCCUCAACUGUCCUAGAUGUCUUCCCCAGAUUCCUUGACACUACAGGCUUGAUCAACCAAGAUUUCACCAGACUUUUCGGAGAGGUGGUGUCUGGGACAUUUAUGGCGAAGUGGCCAACAUUUUUCAAACCCAGGGUCAUCGCAGAUUGCAAAACCCUUCCCUUCAGCGAACCUGUGGAAGACCUCCUCACAUCUGCGCAGCAGGAAUCCAAUGAUUAUGGAUGGGAGAGUGACUUGGCAGCCAUUUUGUUGCUUCUGCAUCUCCUACCCCCGACCUCAAAGGGCCCAAAGACCGCAAAGAUCCGUACCUCUCAAGCUGCUGACCAUCUGGUUAGAUUUAUGAAGGUAGGGACAAGUAUGGUGACCUUCCUUGAGACAGUUAGACAUGAGCAGCAGCCCUUCCUCCUCUGUGUCGGUGAAAGGAAGAACAGCAUUCAGAAGUUUUACAUCGUCGUUGACCAGAAGGCCAUCCCAUGCAAGACCCAAACAUCAGUGGCAGCUUUUGAUGAGCUCUUUAAGGCACACUAUGUCUUCAGUGUGUCCUACCAUGAAGCGUUGUGUAACUUCUACACAUUCAUCCAGACCACCGUGUACGGUAUCGACGUGGGGAAGGCAAAGGAGUCCUCAAGAGUCAAGGAGAUUAGAGUAAGGCUGCUUAACAAAGACCAGGGGAGUGGUGCUGCCGGAGCACAAGGGAGCGGCGCUCCGGCCCUUUUCUCAAUUUGAGAAUAAGUUAGUUUAACAGCAUCUGCUCUAUUUCACUCCUGAAACAGUAACUCAAGAAGAUUUAAAUGCAUAUCCCCAUGAAGCUGAUUGAGAUCACAUGAUUGUCAUGCAGAUGCAGUCUGGACAUUUCACCGGUAAAACGCAAAGAAUUAUCAUUUACCAUUGACACUGAUGGCCUAUUUGUAAAUUAGAUAUGCCUGACUUGAUGUUUGAGGGUAUUACAAAUAUAACAUUUUAGUGAGAGUGUGGGCAGAUGGAGGAUGCAUAUUGUAUUAUAAUAUUCAAUAGGUUACAUCUGUCAGUACAAACUUUGAUUUUAAAAUUAUGUAAUUCACUUUUUUGGGGUCAGCUCCCACAUCUAACUAAACAAAUGGCACUAUACCACUGAGAAAACAUGUGAACACUUGAGAAUUUGUAAAAUACACUACAGCAGUUGUGCAUUGCUUUUUUUGACAUAAGAAAUUGUCAUGGUUUGUCAAAAUAUACUUGAAUCUGGACAGCAUAUACACUGAACAAAUAUAAAUGUAACAAUUUUACUGAGUUCAUAUAAGGAAAUCAGUCAAUUAAAUUAAAUUCAUUAGCCCCUAAUCUAUGGAUUUCACGACUGGAAAUACAGAUAUGCAUAUUUUGUUUCAGUGCGUUAAAAAAGGCUAGGGGCGUGGAUCAGAAAACCAGUCAGUAUCUGGUGUGACCACCAUUUGCCUAAUGCAGCAAGACAUCUCCUUUGCAGUGUUGAUCCGGCUGUUGAGUGUUGUCUCACUCCCCUUCAAUGGCUGUGCGAAGUUGCUGGAUAAUGGCGGGAAUUGGAACAUGCAGUCUUACGUCGAUCCAUAGCAUCCCAAACAUGCUCAAUGGGUGACGUGUCUGGAGUAUGGAAUUAUGUGCAGAUCCUUGCAACAUGGGGCCGUGCAUUAUCAUGCUGAAACAUGAGUUGAUGGUGAAGGAUUAGUGGCACAACAAUGGGCCUCAAUCUCGUCACAGUACCUUUGCAUUAAAAUUGCCGUCGAUAAAAUGCAA